AUGUCCAAUUUAUCAAAUCGAUCACCUUAUCAUGUUUCAUUUAGUGAUGAUCAACAACAUCGAACAAUGAGUGUAAAUCUCGAUGAUCCAUCAGCUGGAUCAACACAAGUUUUAGAAAAAGUGACUAAUUCAAAUGCAACGAUAGAACAUGAAAAAAUACCAUUGCAAAUAGAACCUGAUGUUUCAAUUAAAUUUAAUGAAAGUAUUUUUGAAGAACACGAUCAUGGACCACGUACUGUACUUGAUCAAUUAUAUGAUUAUACUGGGGGUAUUGUACCAAAUGCAAUCGAAGCUGAAAAACAAACAGCAGUUCGACAGAAUUCAGCAAAUCUUGGUACAAUCUUUGGUGUUUAUCUUCCUUGUGUUCAAAAUAUAAUAGGUGUUAUUGUCUUUAUUCGUCUUUUUUGGUUAAUUGGUAUAGCUGGUGUACUUCAAACACUGUUGAUUGUGAUUAUUUGUAGUUCAUGUACUCUUCUAACAGCUAUAUCAAUGGCGGCGAUUGCAACAAACGGGAUUGUACCAGCUGGUGGUGCUUAUUUUAUGAUAUCUCGUUCACUUGGACCAGAAUUUGGUGGUGCAGUUGGAAUAUUAUUUUAUCUUGGUAAUACAUUUGCUGCAUCUAUGUAUAUUGUUGGAGCUAUUGAGAUUGUAGUCAAAUAUAUGUGUCCAGACAAAUGUCGUCUAUUUGGUGAUGAUGUUGAAAUACCAUUUGUAGCGUUUAAUCAUUAUCGCAUAUAUGGUACAUUAUUACUUCUCAUUAUUGGAGCUUGUGUUUUAAUUGGUAUUAAAUUUGUAACGAAAAUAGCACCAUUAUCAUUAUUGGCUGUACUUAUUUCCCUUCUAUGUAUUUAUGCUGGUGUUAUUAAAAGUUCGUUUAAUCCACCGGAUUUACCUAUUUGUCUGGUUGGGUCGAAUCCAUCACAUUUAAUUAAAUCAUCUGUACUUCAUAACGAUGUAAUGACUUAUUGUCGUCCAGAUAAAUGGUGUUAUGUAGGUAAUAAAACAAUACUAUGUCCACUUUAUGUAUCAAUAUGUAAUAAAUCAACGAAUGUAUUAUGUUCAAAAAAUAAUUCUAUUAAAAAUGUACGAAUUGAACAAGGAAUACCUGGUCUUAAACAUUGGCAAUUGUCAGAAAAUCUUGUUUCACAUUAUCGAGGUGUAGGUGAAGUUGAACAUGAUAUUAAAGGUGAUUCAACAUUUGAAGUUGUUGCACAAGAAAUAACAACCUUUUUAAUUCUUGUUGGUAUUUAUUUUCCAUCUGUAACUGGUAUUAUGGCUGGUUCAAAUCGUAGUGGUGAUUUACGUGAUCCAAGUCAAAGUAUUCCACGUGGAACUAUUGCUGCUAUUUUAACAACAUCAACCAUUUAUUUAUCAAAUGUUAUAUUUUUGGGUGCAUGUACACAUAGUUCAUUAUUAAGAGAUAAAUUUGGCGAUAGUAUUAAUAAACAAUUAGUCGUUGCUGCUUUAGCAUGGCCAAGUAAAUGGGUUAUUAUGAUUGGAGCAUUUUGCUCGACUGUUGGAGCUGGUUUACAAACUUUAACAGGUGCACCGCGUUUGUUACAAGCUGUAGCUAAAGAUGAUUUAAUACCGAUUCUUGGUCCAUUGGCAAAAUCUUAUCGUGGUGAACCAGUACCAGCACUUUUUUUAACAUUAUUAAUUUGUGAAUGUGGUAUUCUUAUUGCUGAUCUUGAUAAACUUACAGCACUUUUAUCAAUGUUCUUUUUAUUAUGUUAUGGUUUUGUUAAUUUAGCUUGUGCUUUACAAACUAUUUUACGUGCACCUAGUUGGCGACCACGUUUUCGUUUUUAUCAUUGGAUUUUAUCUCUUAUGGGUGUUCUUCUUUCUAUUUCAAUUAUGUUUAUGGCUUCAUGGUAUUUUGCACUUAUAGCAAUGAUUAUUGCAAUAGUUAUAUAUAAAUUUAUUGAAUAUAAAGGAGCCGAAAAAGAAUGGGGUGAUGGUAUACGUGGUUUAUCAAUGUCAGCAGCUCGUUAUGCAUUAUAUCGUGUUGAUGAAGCUCCACCUCAUACUAAAAACUGGCGACCACAAUUACUUGCAUUUAUUAAUGUACAACGAAAUGAAGAAGAUGAAUCAUAUGUAUUACGUCAUCCGAGAUUAUUGAAUUUUCUCUAUCAACUUAAAGCUGGACAAGGUUUUGUUGUUGCAGCAAGUAUUCUCGAAGGCGAUUAUCUUGAUAAAUAUCAAUAUAUUGAACCAGUUCGUUCAGUAACUCUAGCGAAAGUUCAAGGCUUUGCUGAAGUACUUGUUGCUAAAGAUGCUGAAGAUGGUAUCAGUGCACUAAUUCAAACUGAAGGUUUAGGUGGUUUAAAACCAAACACAAUCGUUCUUUGUUGGCCAUUACAUUGGAAAAAAGAUUAUGAAAGUUAUACAGCUGAUGCAUUUAUUCGUACUAUUGCUGUUGCUGAAGCACGUCGAUGUGCUGUUAUUGUACCAAAAAAUAUAAAUAGUUUUCCAGAUAAUAAAGAAAUUCAAGAGGGCACAAUUGAUAUAUGGUGGAUUAUUCAUGAUGGUGGUCUUCUUUUUCUUAUUGCUUUUCUUUUAAAACGUCAUAAAGUAUGGUCACGUUGUCGUUUGCGUUUAUUUACUGUUGCACAACUCGAAGAUAAUUCAGUUGAAAUGAAAAAAGAUCUUGAACAAUAUAUGUAUCAAUUACGUAUUGAAGCUGAAGUUGAUGUUGUUGAAAUGGAAAAUCAAGAAAUAUCAGCUUAUGCUUAUGAACGAACAUUAAAAUUGGCUGAACGUGUUAAACUUUUAAAAGAUUUGAAAUUACCUGAUAAAGAACUACAACUUCAGCCACAAAUAUUAAUGGAAUCACUGUUAAAUAGUCAACGACAACAAAGUAUUGAUGAAUCAGAUGAUCAAUAUCAUUAUACAUUUACACCAAAUCAACUUGAAAAUUUAAAAAAAUCUGUAAGUGAAUCAUCAAUGCGUAAAAUGCAUUCAGCUGUACGACUUAAUCAAAAAAUUCGUGAUCGUUCAAGUGAUGCUAAACUUGUUCUUAUUAAUCUUCCAUCACCACCAUCGAAACAGACAAGUUUAGCUGCUUAUUCAUAUAUGGAAUAUGUUGAUGUAUUAACAGAAGGUUUAGAUCGUUUAUUAUUGAUGCGUGGUAGUGGACGUGAAGUAAUAACAAUUUUUUCUUAA